UCCACUUUCGUCCCCGCAUUCGCAGACAGAUAACCCGAAAGUCGCCGCCUUUUCGUCCUAUCCGUUCCUCUUUGCCGGCCGACACAUUAAGGGUACAAAUGGUAUUAAAACUCAUUAGGGUGUACUUCUCUCUGUCAUCCCAUGACCGGUUCAUUCUGUAAAUUUCUCUGUUGACACUCAUUGGCGCCACUCUAACAAAGGUCUCAUCUACGGUGAUACUGAUGACUUAGUAUAACAUACCUCCCAUCUAUUCACCUCUCUGUACAAGAAGCAACCGAGGCGCGAGGCCCUCCCUGUAUAUCCGGCCGACAGUUAUAAUCGCCUAUCCCAAGGACAUCUGAAUCAGUUCAGCACAAUGCCUUUGACGGGCGCAGAGGUUGCCAAACACGACAGUAGCCAGUCGUGUUGGGUAAUUGUUCACGGCAAGGCCUACGAUGUUACCGAGUUUCUUCCAGAGCACCCAGGUGGUGCCAAGAUAAUCCUCAAAUAUGCCGGGAAAGAUGCAACUGAGGAGUUCGACCCGAUCCAUCCACCGGAUACGCUCGACAAGUAUCUGGAUAAAUCUAAGCACAUGGGUCCCGUCGAUAUGUCGACCGUAGCCCAUGUUCAGAAGGCAGCUGACCCAGAGGAGGAAGCAAGACUGCGUAGGGUCGCUGACAUACCACUGCUGGAGCAAUGCUACAACCUUCUCGAUUUUGAGGCUGUUGCUCGCAGGGUAAUGAAGAAGACUGCUUGGGGUUACUACUCAAGCGCAGCAGAUGACGAGAUUACAUUCCGCGAAAACCACUCCGCUUUCCACAGGAUCUGGUUCAGGCCCAAAGUCCUUGUCGACGUCGAGAAUGUGGAUGUCUCCACCACGAUGCUGGGUACAAAAACGGCUCUUCCCUUCUACGUUACGGCGACAGCCCUUGGCAAGCUUGGAAACCCUGAGGGAGAGGUUUGUUUGACAAAAGCAGCUGGCAAGCACAACGUUAUUCAGAUGAUUCCCACGCUGGCAUCCUGUGCCUUUGACGAGAUCAUGGAUGCGGCAGUGCCGGGCCAGGUUCAGUGGCUACAGUUGUAUGUGAACAAAGACCGCGAAGUCACGAAGCGCAUUGUGCAGUAUGCGGAGAAAAGGGGCUGCAAGGGCCUCUUCAUCACGGUCGAUGCGCCGCAACUCGGCAGGAGAGAAAAGGACAUGCGAUCCAAAUUCGAAGACCCCGGAACCAGCGUCCAGCAAGGCCAAACCACAGACAACUCACAGGGCGCAGCACGUGCCAUAUCCAGCUUUAUCGAUCCGGCGUUGUCGUGGAAGGACCUCCCGUGGUUCCGCAGUAUUACCAAGAUGCCUAUCGUGCUCAAGGGCGUCCAAAGGGUCGAGGAUGUGCUGAAGGCCGUCGAUGCAGGUAUGGAUGGCGUCAUUUUGUCCAACCACGGCGGUCGGCAGCUUGAAUUUGCUCGCUCGGGGAUUGAGAUCCUGGCCGAGACGAUGCCGGUUUUGCGCAGCAUGGGUCUCCAGGACAAGAUCGAGGUUUAUCUCGACGGUGGAGUCCGACGCGGGACGGACAUCAUCAAGGCCCUCUGUCUUGGGGCCAAGGGGGUUGGCAUCGGAAGGCCAUUCCUCUACGCCAUGUCGGCGUAUGGAGUCCAGGGCGUCGACCGAGCCAUGCAGCUACUCAAAGAUGAGCUGGAGAUGAACAUGCGGCUCAUUGGCUGUACGAGCAUCGACCAGCUUAGUCCUUCGCUGGUUGACACCAAGAGCCUCACGUACCAUGGAAACGGCACGCCGAUUGAUAACCUGUCUCACAGCAUCUACGACCCUCUGGCAAAUCCGCCUCAAAGAACUGGAGCAAAGUUAUAAUGUUCUUUUUUUUUUUUCCCUUAGAUCAUUAUGUAGGGGACUGAGACAUACCGGUCGAGCCUUGCAAAUAUACAACAAGGCCGUGAGCGUCAUGUAGCGAGCACAUAUUGUAGAAAAAGUUGGGUGAUGUUGAUUUUGCAUUUUGUUUUGUUUUUGCGGACGCUAGAAAAUCGCGACCGUAAAAUGAACUGUGCAACAAGAUUAAAAUCGACACCCACAGUACUAAAAUUAUCACUAAUAUUGCCAGAAUAUGAUGAACAAUUGGCAAGAGAGAACAACAGAAAACACGGCCGCUAAGUUGAUUAAGUCUUUCCUUCCAGCUACUUUAGCAUGCUGGCAUGCUUCCGUGAGCACGACGCUAUC